AUGGCCCCGCACACGCAGACGGGCAGCAUUACGAUAAAGCAACCGUUUCCAGCGCACAACCACCACCACCAGUGGCCAUGGAAUAGUGGAACCGGUGGCGGAGGAGGCAGUGUUGGUGGAACGACGGCAGGGGCCACUACUAGUACUGGCCCCCCUGGUGGCAACACCCCGAACGGCGUCGGAAUGACUGGCGGUCAAGGAGAAACCCUAACGGAGCAGGAAUCCAGGAGCAGUUCCGGAGCCGCCGCCGGAGAGGGAGGAGGAGGUGGCGCAUCCCAGUCAGCUUUGGUGUCUGGAGGCAGCAGCAAUGGCACCGUGAGUCCCUCGAACAAACUGAAGCGGCUGCAAGUGCCGACAGGAGUGAGCGGCAAGGCCGUAGCGACAACAACAGUGACGGCGGCGAGCAGCUCGCCACCACCAACAGCAACACCACCAGCCACCCCAACCACAAACGGUGUUCAGAUGGACGGAACUGGCAAAAGCAAUAGUAGUAACAGCAACAGUAGUAGCAAUCAUCACAAUAGCAAUAGCAGCAGCAGAAGUGGCCAAGAAGGAGGUUGCAACGGCAACGUCGGUGCGAAGCGAUCUCGACCGAACGAACAGCCAGCGGUAGUGCCGCCCCGGAUCGCCUCUAAGUCGGUCGGAACGAACACGACGGCAGCGGCGGCGGUACGGAACGGCACCGGAGGCAGCGGCCCGCCCGCGCUGGUUGCCGUGGGUAGCAGCAAACCCGGGUCCGUAUCAUCGGCUGUCACCAAUCAAAACAACAACAGUGGAGGCGGCUCGCAGAAGAAACUGACACAGAUGGCCCUCGUGACGGCGGCGGCGUCUCCGACGGUGUCAGCCGCCGCAGCCGCCGAGCUGGCGGCGGCCAAAACGAAUGGCAACAAGAUUACGGGCUACUUCAAGUCGCAGAUGAAGUCAACGAAUGCGUUCAACACGCUCAAGCGCAGCAUCAAAACGGUCGCCGGGCGUGCAAUCACGAUGCAGCAGCGCCGGCAACAGCACCACCAGCUGGCGGCCGCUUCCGGCGCUGUCGUGGUUGAGCCCGCCGGUGAAGGAGAGCCGCCCGGUAGUGGUGGCGGCAGCAGCAGCACUACGACUGAGCUGCUGACCACGACCACCACCACCAUGACGACGGCGGAACUGCGUACCGGGACCGGAACCACGGCGACGGCCGUCCUGCAGCAGAAAAGCAUCAUCAAGACCUCGGCCUCGGCUCGGACUUCGGCCAGUCCGCCACUACUGCCGGCGGCGGCUGCUGUUAGUGGUGGCAGCACCAACAACCUCCCCAACAACAACAACAGCACCGCCGGUCUGGCAGCACCUCCACCGGUGGCGGCUCCAUUUUGUGGGGCCGAUUUAGAAAAGUAUCUCAAGCUGUUCCAGCAACAACAGCAGCAGUUACUGCUGAAGAACUCUCCAACGGCGGCUGCUGGCAGCAGCACCACCACCACCACAACCGCAACCCUAGAGGCGGUGGCCGUGGCUACGCUGGCCGCCGCAGCAGCCGCCACGUCAGCGGGGGCAGCCGCCAACAACGCAGCCACCCCGGCUCCAACAUCGAAGAAAGUCGAACGCAAAACGGCCCGUAUUGCGCCGACCGUGUCGGCAACCCGGAAGAUAAGCCACGCGGUACAGGGUGGCCUCGGUGUUGGUGGGGCAGCGGCGCCAGGCGGGGCCGGUCAACCGAAGAAGCCGGUUACCAUUGCGCCGCGCACGGCAAACACUGGCGGCGGCGAUGGGUCGAAGAGUGUGGGCGGCUUGGCCACGACCACGUCGUCCUCCUCGUUGGUGGCCGCCACCAGUUCCACCACCAGCUACCAUUACCAUCAGCAGCAACAGCAAACUGCCAACAACACGUCGAAGGUGGCCAUCGAUCCGCUGUCAUCAGCAGCAUCAUCGCAGCAGCCGCCGGCAUCGACCGUACUCCUCACUGCCAUUCGGUUGCCAACGGCAACGCCGCCGGGCGGAGCAGCAGCGGCAAGUAGCACCGGAAGUUCCGUGGUAGCACCGCCACCACCGAACGCGACACCACAGUAUAAACCGAUCGCCCCACAACCACCGGCCGGGAAUUCCGGGAGCGCCUUGACAAUGAUGUCGUCGUCGGCGAACGUCACGAAAGGAGUGAACCCUCCCGCAGCCGCCGUCUUUCAGUUUCAGCCGUCGUCCUCAUCGAUGACGUCGGUGGCUGGACCGCCGCCGCCCGUUCCAGUGAGUGCGGCUGGCACGAUGGUUCCACUACCGAACCUGGUACAGAUCUCCAAUCUACUUCCGCUGGCAGCCGCUCAACAGCAUCAGCAGCAGCAGCAGCAGGCGCUGAAACUGAGCACCACCAACGGUGGUGGCACUACAAUGGCCGCCGUCAACUUGGCCCACCACCACCACCAGCACCAACAACAACAACAGACGUCAUCGAUGGCGGCCGCUUUCGCCGCCUCGGCCAAUGCAGCCGCUACGCCGCAGCUCAUCAUGAACGCUACCAUCAUCAAGAUCCACCAGAUACAGCAACAGCAGCAGCAGCAACAACAACAGCAAGCUGCGGCAGCUGCCGCAGCCGCCCAGCACCAAGCGAUGGCUGCUGCCUCUUCUUUGGCGAAUGGCGGCGGCGUCGGAAGUCACCAUCAGCAACAGCAGCACCAUCAUCAUCACCACCACCACCACCAACAGCAGCAGCAGCAGCAGCAGCAUCAUCAUCAGCAUCAUCAGCAAAGUUUCACGAUGGAGGCGGCGGCCAUGAACAUGAACUUUAGUGGCAUGUUCGCCAAACCGACCACCACGGUCGUGCCGUACUCGGCGGCUGCUCCGGUGACGACGGCCGUUACGAAGGCCAUCCCGUCGGCGGCUGCCAUGCAGUCGGCCGCAGCGGCCCUCUAUUCACCCCAGGCGUUCGCGGCCGCCCCACAGCAGCUACUGAUGACACCGACCGGGGGCAUCUUCGUGAAUGCGGCCGCCAUCCCGACGAUGUUUAGCUCGGCGCAGCUGACGGCGGCCCUGACGCAGGCGACGGCCACCGCCAACAUUCCGGCGCUACACCCACUGCAGCCGGCAGGUGGCGGAGGGCACCAUCAGACGGCGACCGGCGGGGGACAGUUACCAAAUAUUACAGCUAUCAUCCAACAGAAUGCCGCGGCCGCAGCCGCUGCAGCUCACCAUCAUCAUCUGCAUCAACAUGCGCAGCAACAACAGCAUCACUCACUUUUGGCCAACAUUUCUCCGGCGAUGCUCAGCAGCCUGCAGUCGCAGGUAGCGGCCGUUUCGGCCGGGAUGACGACGGCGUCGGCGGCGACGGGUAAACUGGGCGUCGUCCAGACACUGGCGGGCAGUGCCCCGGCAGCCACCGCGCAGUUCGUACCGAUCUCGUCGGCCCUCUAUGCCGCCGCCGCCGCAGCAGCAGCCGCAGCCCAAGGAGCCGCCAUUCAACCGCCGACGAUCCUAUCUUCCGGCCUCGGGACCAUGCCGUCCAGUGUGCAGGCGGCAGUGCCCUCUGCACCGUUGCAUCAUCAUCAGCAGCAGCACCACACCAUCGUAACGGCGCCCGGCCCGGGCGCCCUUUCUCCGCCGCCGCUCGUCGCCACCGUUCCCACGUUUUCGACCACCAACAAGCCGAUCAUGAACGCGCUACCGGGACCGAAGAUGACACCUACGACGACGACGACGGCGGCCACCAUGUUGCUCCCGAACGAACCACCGGGGUUGGUGCCGGUGCAGCCGCUACAGCUCACGGCGAAGAUCGGGGCCGGAACCACUACCAACAACCCCAGCACCACCACCACCAUGCCAAAGUUGGUCCGGAGCUCGUCGGUUGCGAUGCGAUCGGGCUUAGGUGGCGCCGUGACAGCGACCCAGAAGACUGGCAGUGGCCGCAGUAAUGGUUCCACGCAAACCACUCCGGUGGCACCGCCGCCGGCAUCAUCCGGUUUGUUGCUGGGCGUUUCCGGGGGUCCGACGAUGGACACACAGCACACCAGCAUCGGCAGCAGCAAAUCGCCACCGGCGCUUAACCCACUGACACUCGACUGUGGCAGCAGCAACGACAGCGGGAUCGUGGCCAACUCGAGCGACAGUGAGGACAAGUCGCUCACGAUCGACCUGUGCUCGCCGGGCUCACCGGACUCCGGCUCGCCGCCAUCGGUGGUGGCGAAGAAGACGCACCACCACCACCACCGACACCACCAUCACCAUCACCGGAUGCACGGUCUCAAGGACGAUGAUUCGCCGCUGGCUUCCGAUUCCCAAUCGCCGCCACCACUAUCGUCGUCGUCGUCGUCGGACGACUCCGAGGAUCAGCUCGGCGAAAGGGCACCGAUCGGCGGGACGACCACCGCCGUUGUAGCACCGGCGGUGGUGCCCGUGUCUCCGUUCCCACCGCCCCUCCGGCUGCUGUCCGACGUGGCGGUGGCUGCGGCCGAAGCCGAAGCCGCGUUCCAUCAGCGGCUACCACCGGUGGUUGCGCUUCCGACGACCGUUUUGUCGCUGGCCACCACCACGGCCGCCGCCACUUGUCAAAAGUCGCCGAAGAGCACCGUCCUAGAGCUGAUCCGACGGAAGCAUCCGCCGCUACCGCUGAUGGACGUCGAUCAGCAGCCGGGCGAGCCAAUGUCCGUCGGAUCAUCGGCGACCAGCGAUCUGCAGGAGGACUACGGCUCGUCCCAGAGCCCGUCGGAUGGUGGUGGUGAUGGGCAGCAGGAUGCCGCAUCCUCGCAGCAAUCGGGCCCAUCGAUUGCGGCGUCGCCGCUGUCACUCGUGGCUCCGAGCAUCGACACGGAUCUGCUGUCCCCGCUCGCACCGGAAGCGACGUGCGCCCGGAGUCCGAUCCUGUCGCAGCCGAAAACGAUCCGCUUCCCGGUGCCGUCCGGGACCGCACCGCAUCACCAUUUCGGGCGCAAGGGCUUCCGGCGGUCCGGUGACGGGCGGCUGUACGGGGCCUGUUACUGGCGCGAUUGCGACAGCAAGUUCGACAGUGCGUCCGAGCUGGUCGAUCACCUGGCGGCGGCCCACGUCAACACGCAGACCGGCCCGACGUACGCCUGCCUGUGGGACGGCUGCAAGGUACACAACAAGGAGUGCACCAAGUUUAACUGGCUCGAGAAGCACGUCUUGUCGCACGGCUGCAGCAAGCUGCACAAGUGCAUCGUCGAGGGCUGCGGCAUGCGCUUCGCCACGGCGCCAACGCUCGCGAAACACGUUAACGGUCACUUUGCCGGUGCGGACAGCAACGGUUCGGGCAAACGGUCCUCCAACGGCGAUCCGCCGGUACCGAAGGUGCUGAGGAAGACGGGCAAAAAGCUACGCUACCGUCGCCAACCGUGGUCAGCUCGUCGUUUCGAUUUCUUUGACUCGGGCGUCAUGGAGGGUUUGCAGCAUCGGCUGGUGCGUACCGGGAGCCUCGCCAGCGGCCAGCACGGUGCGAUCGUGUUUCGCGGCUGUCAGGUGGCCCGCCGGCAGGCGAAGGGCAAGGCGCCGGAAGUUUUGAUACGAUGGUACCCCGCGGAGAUCCUUCCCGACCAGUGGCUCGCGGAGGAGAACGUGCAGCUGGAGAAACAGGUUCACAUUCACGAGCUAACCCACGAGCAGCAGAACGAUCUGCUCGAUUACCUCAAGCACGAUCGGCUGAGUACCGGGCAGCCGGGCACCGGGUCGAGCAACCCGUUUGCGGCCCUGCACGAGUUCAGCCUGAAGCUGCAGUCGGAACAGUUGGCGGCCAGCAGUGGCGGCAGUGGCAGCGGCAGUGGAAGCAAUUCGAACCUCAGCAGUAGCAGCAGCAGCUGGAGCAGCAUCAGUUCGUCCACCAGCAUGCACCUCUCGUCGAGUAGCGCCCUCUUCCGGUUCACGCCGAAGCAGCAGCGUAAACCGCAGCGGCAGCUGUCUUCCGUUUCGGCCGACGGAUCAUGCUCAGCCUCGUCCUCGAAUCAGGGAUCAGCGAAAGCCGGUGGCGGUGGUGGUGCUUCCUCCACCGAGACGACUACGGGUUUCUCGUCAAUCUUCUCCAACUCACUCACUGCCCUCUCGUCCGGAUCGCGAUCUUUCAGUGCCGUGUCGGCCGCUGGCCAUCUAAGUAGUAGUAGCAGCAGCAGCAGCAGUAGCACCGCCACCACCACCACAACGUGCCGUGGAGCGAUGAUGCUAUCAUCGUCAUCGUCGUCCUCCUCGUCAUCGUCAUCUUUCUGCUCAUCCUCAUCAGCGGUGCAGCGAUCGGCGUGUCCGAAACCAGCCACGAUCAGCAGCUGCUCUUCAGCUCGAUCACCAGCAACCCCGUCGUCGUCGCAGCCAGCAGCGUCGUCCAGCAUCGGCACCAGCGCUUCCUCCUGA